AGCAGACAACAAAAGUUGCUAAAGUCUAAAGUUGUCGCUAGUCUAGAUGGCUCUUUUACUCGCUAAGGGGGUCAAAAAGUCGCUAAGUUGGCAACAUUGAACAAAACAGCGCGAAAAGUGGACGGAAACUAGGUUAGUGUCGCUUUAACACGAAACAGGAAACUCAUGAAUAUUCAUGUAUGCUCGGCCUAGUGCAUCCGAAAAUCUCAGAUUUCAAAACACCAGCCACAGAUAGCGCGCAGCACGUGUACGUACAGAGCGCGGCCUCCCGGCUUGCAUCACGUCCUACGUCAGAGUCACACUUUUAGCGCGCGUGAGAGUGUGGUUGCUGCUGUCGCGCGGGGGUCGAGAGGUUGUUCGAUAGCGCACGCUCCGCUGGUACAUCAGCUCACCGGCCUGUUCAAGCUUUAUAAACAAACUCGCUUUCAUGUUCGCUACGAAAUAUUAUAUAACGCGUUUGUUUUGAAGCACUGAGUCGCAGUGAGCCAGGUGAUGAUGGACGUUCCGCGCUUCAGAAGAGGAUGCUGGAAUGAGUCGCGAACAUCAUGAUGGAGUCUCACUUAAGUGCAGCAUCAGUGUUAUUCUGCUUUAGCGCGUUUAAACGCUGUGCUGUGCGAUAAUAGUGAUUUAUAAUCGCUUUCCACACCCGUGAACAUACCAUGCAAACGCUGCACUUUUCGGUCCCAAAAUAGAAAUGUAUGAAUAUCUUUUUUCGUUUUGUUUAUAAACACGUUCAUCUCUCCGUGUUGGUAGUAAAUAGUUAAGAGGCUGGAAUAAUCGCGCCAGUCAAGAGGAAUCUAUUCAUUUCUGUAGCAUAUUUUCUUUAAAUGUGCAUAACUUACUGUUUCACAGUGUAAUAUAUGGUGAACUUUAAAAUAUACGUCUACAUCAGCUGUGUUAAGUAAGAGUAAAGUUGAUCUCUCAAAGUCUUGAGAUCUUGACAUUGACCUCAUGGAUAGGCACGAAUGAGCUUCAUCAAACAGAUCUCUCUUUCUUGUGUUCAUCCAUGACUCUACUGUUUUCUGAUGGAACACAAGGUCCUCAAUAAGCCCUCCAUGGUGUCCAGACUGCCCAAAUUUGGUUCCCGUCCUGCCAAUGGAAUCCCUUCCUCCCUUCCCAAUGGUACAGCUCAGACUGUGCCCACACAAGAGGGCAAGGGUAUUUCUUCCCCUGCAAAGCCAAAUGGAGUGGUCAGAGCCUCCUCCUUUUCCAUGAAAUGGAAGAAGGAGAAUAGUGGGCCAAAGGACCCUUCAAGCCCGGAUGAGGGCACUCCUCCGGAAGAAAAGAAGGAAGUUCGCUCCUCUCGUUCUCCAGGGAAUAGGGAGUUAAAAAGCCCUUCUACUCCCUCAACCAAAGUGCGGAGGGCUGCUGCCUCUUUAUCCACUGGAAGCCCUAAUCCCAUGCCCAAAUCCCCAAAGUCCACCCCGAGUCCCAAAGCAAAGCCCAAAAACUCUCAGAUCAUGACACCCGCCAACAGCCAGGACACAUCCCAAAAAAGCCAGUCUAAGCCAACACAAAAUGGGACGCCACCUGUGGGGUCAUCAACUGGACGUACAGUCUCUUUAGUGCCCCAGCAACCGAGAGCAAACACUGGCUCUACUCGAAGCAGCUCCAAAGACAGCCUGUCCCAGUCAAACGACAGCCUCUUACGACAACCCCUUGCGUUGGACCCUAUGGUGCGUUCCCAGAGCUUCACCCAUUUCAAACAACUGCCCUCGCCAACCAACACACCCAUGACGCGGUCCUUCUCUUUCAACAAGGCUGUGGAGCUAGCAAAACCGCUAGCUAAUACACAGCUACGCCCACCAAGAACACUUGGACUCAAAUCGACCCAGAGCCUUGUGCUUGGGUUGGGGGGAUUGGGAUUUGGAAAGGGGCUGUCAGACCGACUCCCUGCUGCAAGUCCUACCUCAGAGGCCCUAACACCGCCUAAUAGCAUAAAACGGCCUCUUCUACCUAACUCUGUGUUGACAAAGCCCUCGAUACUUGCUUAUAGGCUAAAUCGACCAGUUGCUGCCAAACCACAGUGCCCUCUAGUGGUUGGGAGGACUUCUACAGAGAGUGAAGUUAUAACCCCACCUCUCACUCCAGAGCUACCCCACUGUACCACAAAAAGUGCAUCAGCUCCCACGGUUUUACAAGAGGGGCCUUUUACAGAACAGGGGCUGGAUGGGAACCUCCGUUUCACUACAGAGAGACCCGAGGACAAGUCUCUCUCCUCUACACCUUCCCUGGAGAGGAAUGACACUAGUGAGGAGUUCCUUGAUGACUUCGACCACCUAGGAGACCAAUCACAGCAUGGCAUUGCACAUAAUAAAAUUCCUAGGGCCAUGUCCACGCAGACACGCCUUCAGAGCUUCUUAAGUGAGACCAUGGAUUGGGCUGGGAUUGGUCUGGCAGGUGGUAAGGCAGAUUUGAAGUGUGGACUGCCCCGUGUGCCGCCUCUUAUGUCCCCAGAUGUGGAUCGUCAUGCAGCCUCCUCGCUGGAGCUCUCCCCCUCUAACAGCUCGGGAGGAACAUACAUGUGGGAUGAGGAGGGUAUGGAACCACUUGGGCACAACACACACUUACACUGCUGCAGCAGCUACGAGUCAGACCUCAACAGCAUAGACAUUCUGAACAACUUGGAUAACACUGCGUCAUGUGACCUGGAAGAAGAUGACCUCAUUCUUGAUGUGGAUCUGCCAGAAGACGGAGCCUUGCACAGUGAUGGAAUGGCCCACUUUGAGCGCUCUGAGAGGGGGGGCCGGCCAACUCAGUGGAGGAGAAGACAGCAGAGAUGGAGUGGAACGGAUCAUGCUCGCAAUGACAACAGGCUGGUUGGGUUGCAUUACGAUGGGUGUCCUACAGGCCAUCGGACUCUCCAUCAUGAAGUUCAGCAUGACAGUCACACGGUGGCGCUAGAUGACCUCACUCUCAAGCACAUGGUUGAGGACUGCUCAUCUGUUAAAUCACAGCUGCUCAAACUCAAGAGUCUACUGCAGAUGGAUGAUGGAGAUAUUUCUCCAGAGAGUGUGGAAUCCAGCGAAGACGACAGCAAAGGCCGGCAGAUGGAGGAGCUGAUGAAGGAAGUGGCACGUCUCAGGGAAGAGCUGAUAAAUAAAGAUAAAAUUAUCACUCGACUCACGCAUCAACAACAAUCUCCGGUGAGAUGUCAUUGUCAAAAGCAGAAGUUGGUGGUCAAAGGUGAGAGAAGAACACAUCAUGAUAAAUCCACUCAGACGGUGUGGCGGCCGCCCCAUCAUCACCAUGCUCCUCAAAUACUUCAGCCCAUCAGCCACAUCCCCAACGAGCCCCUCAUCCAGGGAAGACUAGUAAGAACAGUCCCCACCGGGGUCCCCAGUGAUGCCUGCACUGUAGUACAGAGAUCGCCUGCGUCCUGUCCUGCAUCCUGUACUCGUAUAGUACCUUCUCCUGCUCUGAACACUACUAGAGGCCCUCACAUGGAUUCGAGAUCUCUGCCUGAUCCAGAGGAGUUGAGCCAGUUGCUUAGCACCCACCUUCGCAUCCAAGACAACCACAAGAGCGACUCACAUGGCACUGGAGAACAGAUUAUGAGACCAACCCAAGACAACCUCCAAAACAAACUGCAAACCCCUCACCCCCUGUCCUUCUUCAGCCCUCGUGUCCUGCAGCCUCCCCAUCUACACGAACGGAUAACUCUCCCUGCUCUGCCUCUAGAGGGAGGUAGAGGGGUGAACCCAAAGCCUGGACCCACAUUGAACCACAAGGUCAAGCUGCUUCCUCCUCCAACCAGAGGUUUACCAUGCUUCAGUGCCAGGAACCACGUCAGUUCUUGGGGAUUCAUGCCCCAACUCUGGCCUCCAUUGGUCAGGAGAGAUUCUGACCCCAUCGAAGGGGUGGCUGACCCAGGAAUCUUGCUUGAGCACAAAGCUUCGGUACCGCUCAGUGUCUCCACAAGACUUGCAAAGCCAAAGAUCAACUGAGCAUAAGCUGCAGCCAUAGAGACAGAUUAGGCUACCUCCCUGAACGCAUGCAGACACGCACAGCUUGCACUAAAGAGUGUUUUUUUAGUGGCUAAACUCACAGGACAAAGUUGAAUAAAAACUUUUAAGCUAAACAAAGCAGCUAAGCUAUUGCAUCUAACUAUGCAACAAAACAGCUAUGUGUCACAAUCAGUGCUUCUGUUCCACAAAACUGCUCUUUCACUCAUAGGUCAUCUUAUUUCAUUCCAUAACCACUGAGAAUCCUUUCACUCACAGUAACAUAGUAUUUGAUACAAAGGCCUGCAAUGCACAAAAGAGAAAAGACAGCAAAGGAGAGAAGAAAUAUUGAAAAUUAGCAAUGGAAAGCAGUAGAAAAGUCUUUAUUUUUACAUGAUAUUCAUCAAGGUCAUAAUUGAUGUGAGAGAAGUGUCAUAGAUUGCCUGUGGAGCACAUUUUAGGCUCUCAGCGUCUUGAUAUUUCCCCAUGCGGCAUGCCCUCUGGCCACCUGCAGAGAUUCGGCUCUCACAUUAUGUGGUUUUAUGACAUUUACAUCACCAAUCUUCUGGGGUUUGACUGAGAAAACACAAAUUAUUGUCUACGUGUCCUAGAGCUCCUCUGAAAGAUCAAAAGUGUUAUAUCACAUGACCCAGUGUACUUGUCUCUUUUUAGUUACAGUAUUUUUAGUUACUGAAUUUAUCUGUUUGUCGUGUACUACUUGUGUCAUUCCACAACCUUGUCUGAAUUCUCCACAUAAACUCAAAGAAAAAGUCCAAGAGGCAAAAUUGUUUUACUUUUUGCUCCAGGUUCAUCAUUCUUUUUCUAACAUCUUGCAUUUCCGUUCAGCAUAGUCUCUUUGGCCUUUAGACCCAUGGAUUUGGCAGGAGGGUGCACAAACUGUCAGUGCUUCCUUGAUUUUCACCUUUGGCAUAAGUCGUGAUCAGCAGAUUUUAAUUUUAAUUAGGAUCAUGCCACCUAUAUUAAUAAGGUUCUUUUUCUUGAUUAUGGAUCAUGGCAUGCUUGAAGCGGAAACUUGUAAUUUUUUUCCUCUCCAGAAGUGGCAUAACAAUUAUAAUGCUUCUUAAUUAUUUAUACAUUAUAAAGAUGUUUACAGUUAAAAUGCCUUUGUUAAGCUACUCGCUGCUGCAGGAUGGAUCUAAAGAGCUUUUCUUGCCUUCUCUUUGGUGUAGACUUGGAGGUACUCUUGCAAAGACAACUUAGUAAAGGCUUAGACUGUAACCUCAAGUUUUGGAAAAAGUAUAUAGAGCUAAUAUAUGAAAUAAUUGUACAAUUUUCAGUUCAACCACAGAUGUCAAACUGUUGGCAUUUUUUCUGGCUGUGCAAGCAGUGAUGAUUCAUUUUAUUUUUUUAAAUAGCAAGGAUUCAAUACCUGGUAUUGUAUUCACUGAUGUUGAUGGUAAGGUGCUAAGUGAUGAUUUUAGGGUUUUGCACAUCAAAUGUCUAAUGUUGAGACUAAUUGGAAAGUUUGACCUGUGCCAAGUUUUAAUUGGUUCAAUUAUUUCUCAGGUGACCACAGUAGGUGUUUUUUUUGAUGGGGGGAGGUCAGAUUGCAGUUUCAAAACUGUCUUAAUUCCUACAGAACACAGCUUGUGUCUUUGUUUUCUGUUGAUCUGAGAUUAAGGUUGUUGGUCUUAUCUGGUUUUCUUCAGAGAAAGGCUUUACAUUCUCAAGAUUUCAUAAAUGUGUUAAGUUUCAUACUCCUACCCCAGAUGGUCUUGAGUUUGAGGUUUUGAGCUUGUGGCAUACCUUGAUACUUAAUAUAGUUAGUUCUGAAAACAUGCACAAUGUAAAACACAAAAAUAAUACACAAAGAUCCACUGCAUGGACAUCUGUACUUAUCUGUUCUGUGAUUUUGUAAACAAGAACCCACUGUGUGUGUGUAUAUCGAUAUAUGGGUAAAAAUUUACAAUAAAGUUCAUUUCGUUAACAUUAGCUAAUGCAUCAGGUAUCAUGAACUAACAAUGAACAAUAUUGUUUUUUCCAGAAUUUAUUCAUCUUUUUUAAUGAUAGUUCAUAAAAAUCAAUGUAUUUAUUGUUAGUUCAUGUUUGCUUAUAGUGCAUUAACUGAUGUACAACUUUUGAUUCAAAAAAAUUAUUACUAUGUUGAAAUUAACAUUUAAGAUUAAUAAAUGCUAUACAGGUAUUGUUCAUUGUUAGUUCAUGUUCAUUCAUGUUACUGUAUAUACUAAUGUUAAAAAAUUGAACUUUAUUGUAAAGUGUUACCAGUGCUAUAACUGUGACAUACAGUUUUCCCUGAAUGUAAGGAGUCAUACCUCAUGGACAUUUUUCUAAAGCAAAAUUGAUUUACUGCCAUUUUCCCACCAUUCAAUGGGCUGUGGGUGCUAAAACAGUCCCUCUCAUGGGCCACAUACUUCAAGACACCCAAAACAGAGAUGGUCAACCGUGUCUAAAACCACCUAAGGAAAAUCAAUGAAACGGGGAUAAGUGUGUCUGUGUGUGUUUCUCUGUCUCACCCAACUGUGUGGUUCUUCCAAGCAGCAAAUCAAUGGAGGGCUUGUUUUGUAAUGCUUUGGAGACUGUUUGUUUGUAUUUCUCUCUCUCUUGGUGUCUGUGCACAUGUGCAAGAGGAGAAGGGUCCCAUGUAAUGUGGUGUAGUCUUGCUUAUUGAAAGUUGCAGAAGUGCAUUGAUUCUGUCUGCUGCGAUCAGAGGUGAAUUGCUCAUGUCAAUAAGGUGCCAGUUUACAGCUUGGCUCAUCGUGUUUUUCCUUUGCCUGUUAAUGAGACUCAAAUAAAAAUCAUUUUAACUGACAUACUGUAAUUAAAUAUUGAGCUGGAGUUUUAUGAGACAUGCCAACAAAAAUUUUGGGGAACUAUGCAUUGUGGCAUUUCUUAUGUGUUAUAAUAGUGUCAGAUAUGUUAUAGAUGCUUUAUAAAUGUCAGGCUUAUACAUCCUAUUCUGUUCUCACAAUAAAGACAUUUUCAUUCAAGUUGAAGUAGAACUGCAAAGUUAACCAAACCAUUAAAACAGUUGUAGUACAAAAAUAAAUGAACUCGUAUUGUGUAAAAUACAGCUAUGACUUGCUGCCCAUGUGUGAAUACCUUCCUGUGGGAUUCUUUUCACCUAGAAAAUACCCUUAGAGCAUGCAACUUAAAAAAAAUAUCCAUGAAAAAUAAACACUUGCCAUGAAAUUCUUUUUUUUUUUUUUUUAUCUCCCAUUUCUCCUCCAUAUAGUUCAUGUCAUGCCAUGUUUUUCACCUGUUGUUACUGAGAGUGUGCAGUUUUGUGAAAUAACUACCAUACUCCAUUAGCUUAAUGAAAACAACAGUUGCCAACCUGUGUGUGUGUGUGGACAGAAAAGAUGUUUACUAACAUGACCGAAUUCAAGCACUUUAAAUGACCUGUUUUAACCUCCAGACAGGAGAAGACUGUGGUCUUUUUGACCUGGAUAGAUGCUGAUUGAUGUCUGUUUGAUUGUUUAAACGUCCUUUAUUUGGCUGUUUAUGUGUUUUGAUGAUCUCUCCCUGUGUGCCCUAUUCCAGUGGAAGGUUUGAGACUUUAAUAAAGUGAAAGAAAAAUAUU